GGCGGGGGCGGCGGCGGCGGCGGCGGGAGCGGAGGGGACGGGACCGGACGGAGCCGAGAUGGAGAAGCCGCGGCGGGCGGUGGUGGUGACCGGGUUUGGUCCGUUUGGAGAGCACGCCGUGAACGCCAGCUGGAUUGCAGUCCAGGAGCUGGAGAAGCUGGGACUGCGAAACGAUGUGGAUCUGCAUGUCUAUGAGUUCCCAGUUGAGUACCAGACAGUGCAGAGACUCAUUCCUGCUUUAUGGAAAAAACACAGUCCACAACUGGUGGUUCACGUGGGUGUUUCUGGGAUGGCCACGACCGUGACUCUGGAGAAGUGUGGCCACAAUGUGGGGUACAAAGGGCUGGACAACUGCCGGUUCUGCCCGGGCUCGCAGUGCUGCGUCGAGGGCGGCCCCGAGUGCAUCGACUCCAUCGUCGACAUGGACACCGUGUGCAGGAGGGUCUCAGCCCUGGGGCUGGAUGUCACUGUCACCAUCUCCAAGGACGCUGGCAGGUACCUCUGUGACUUCACUUACUACACCUCCUUGUACCAGAGCUGCGGGAGGUCGGCGUUCGUCCACGUGCCUCCCCUGGGCAAACCCUACACGGCAGAACAGCUGGGCCGGGCACUACAGGCCAUCAUAGAGGAGAUGCUGAAUGUUUUGGAGCAUUCUGAAGGCAAAAUCAGUUGUCAGCAUGGACACUGAAAGUGGGCAGGGGAACUCUCCUAGUAUUGCACUUCCAAAGGUUUCCCCCCGCUACCGAAGUACUGGGGAAAACGGGUCUGAAAUCCACAGACCCAGAAUUGGAGACUUCAAAACCAUAAAAAAAAAAAAAGGAAAAUUCCUCUUCUAGAAAUUGA